AUGAGCGAAGUCACCUUCGCCAAGUCGUUCCUGGCCACUAUCGACAAGCGAGCCAUCAAGCUCUCGGCCGACCAUGUCAGCGACCCAAGAAAGUACCCCAGCCAAAGUCCCUUCAUUCUGCCCAAGCAGACACAUCCGUUCCCGCGCAAGACGGGCCCCACCUCGACACAGCAGGCUCAGGCGAAGGCUAUCACUGCCACACUAAAGCCUAUGAAGACUGGCGAGACUGUCACGCUAUCGGGCAUUGCUUUGGACUCGACAAUCUAUGAGAUAAAGUCACAGUAUGCCCAGCAAACGAGUCUGUCGCAGGAUAAGAUCAAGCUGUUGCUCAAUAAGAAGCCGACAGCAGAUUUGAAAACACUCAAGGAUCUCGGAGUGGACAGUGAUGUCGAGUUCAGUGUAAUGGUCAUGGGUGGGGGUGUCCCAACUCCUCGAGCACAGAGUCCGGCUGUGAGCGCUCCGAGCAGUGCGUUCGCACCUCCCCCUGUGCCAGCUCCUACAGAAUCAAGAGGCGAUCCCAUGGACGUCGACAAUAAAACUGGCGCGCCGGACAGUGAAGCUGCAGCGAACGAAGCAGCGGAAAAGGAAACGAGCGCGAAUAGUUCUGCGGAGAUACUGAAGACAGAUGAAUUCUGGACGGACCUGAAGGGCUUCCUGUCGCAGCGCUUGCGAGACGAGAAAGAAGGAGAGCGUCUAGCUACACUCUUUCGGGAAGUGAGCAGAAAGAAGUAG